CAAAGCAAAGCAAAGCUUGAAUCUGCUCUCUCAUCUCUUCUCAAACUUUCCUCUCUGCUUUUCCAUUUUCCUUAAACCUUAAGUCUUCUUUAUCAUUUCUCUUCAUCAUCUCUUCACUCAUUCGUCUGUGAGAAAGCAAAGCUUCAAUACCCAAAACGAAUAAGAAGAGCUUGUCUCUCUUCUUCAAUGGAGGAUGCAAAAGAUUUCAGCAAAUCCCAACGGCUAGUUUCAGACAUGGGCUAUCCAAUGCUACAAACCCAACCAAACCCAAGUAAGUUCUACUGGCAUUUCCUGGGUAAAUCUGUUCUUGUUACAGUUUUGCUCGUUAUUCUUCCCCUUUUCCCUUCUCAAGCUCCUGAGUUCCUAAACCAAUCUGUUCUCACCAGAAGCUGGGAGCUUUUUCAUCUUUUAUUCGUUGGUAUUGCUGUAUCUUAUGGCCUGUUCAGCCGUAGAAAUGUUGAAACAGAGAAGGAAAACCAAUCAAAAAUCGAUACUGCACAAAAUUAUGUCUCUAGAAUUCUUCAGGUAUCGUCGGUUUUUGACGAUGAUGUCGAUGGCCAAUUUGGGUCUGAUGAAAAGGUUCAAACUUGGAAUUCUUGUUACUUUAGAGGGGAACCCAUGAUUGUAGUUGAGCAAGAAAGUCCAGUUGAUGAUGAACAGAGAAGCACCGUUACUAAGAUCAGUAACAAACCUCUGCUUUUGCCUGUUCGGAGCUUGAAGUCGAGGGUUUCAGACUCAGAUGCUUCUGAAUUCUCUAGAGAACCCCGUGGGUUCUCUAGUUCUCUUAGUAGGUCCAGUUCUGGUUCCAGAAGUUCUUCUAAUGGUUCUUUCAAAACUAGGAAUGGGGAUAUUGGGGCUGUGGAUCUAGACGGGUUCUCUAGUUCUCUUAGUAGGUCCAGUUCUGGUUCCAGAAGUUCUUCUAAUGGUUCUUUCAAAACUAGGAAUGGGGAUAUUGGGGCUGUGGAUCCUCUAGAUUUGGAGGAGAGAUUGCAGGAAAAUGUAGUCCUUCCUUCCCCAAUUCCUUGGAGAUCGAGAUCUGGAAGGAUGGAAAUGAAAGAGGAAUCUGAAGGUGUUACCCCUCCUCCUUAUUCUCUUCCUCCCUCAGCUGAUGAAGCUGAAAUCGACAGGGACAGGCUCCGCUUUCGAUCUUUUCGAUCUGUGUCAUGGACAGCUCGGACUAAUUCGACAUCACCCUCACCUAGGAAACUCUCUCCUUCACCUUCUCUUUCACCAGAAUUGCGAGCCAAGAACGUGGAAGAUUCAGGAAGGAAGAAGAGUUAUUACACAUCGUGUCCCCCUCCUCCCCCUCCACCGCCUCCCCCCACUUACCGUAAAUCUCCACUGAUCACAUCGAAUUCUAAUCCAGUUAGUAAUGGGUAUUCUUCUGGGAAUAUGGUAAUGAAGAAAAGUUUCAAAGAUGAAUUGGAGGAUUUGAGUAAGAGCAAUAGAGUGGACAUCAGGAACAAAAGAGAUCCUAGCCUGGACACCUUAAGGGAAGAAGUGAAAUCAAGAGUCCAUACCGAAGCGAUGGCCAAAUCCGUUCGAACAGUUAGAGCGAGUGAACCCAAUGUAGAGGCCAGGAAAGCAAGAGAAUACAGCGGAGAGCGGCUGGAGGACAAAAAAGGGAAGAGAUGGAAGGAGGUUGAAGCAAUGUUCAUGACAAAAACUGGAAGAAGAGCAGGAGGGUUCGAUCAGUGGCAGAUGAGCACUGAGAAACCUAGUCCAGAGAGUCCCUGCCCAAUGCCAAAGUCACCCCUUUCCAAGUAUCAGAUUGAAGAGAAGAAAGAAUCCUAUGACAAGGUUAUCGUGGAAGCUGAUGAAGACUCGGAUGGUGAGACUGAGGCUGAUGCCGAUGCUGAUUAUGAUGACACUCAAGGAAGCUUAGACACUGAGGAAGCUGUAUCCAACACUGGCACUGAUGCAGGGGUUGAUAGUGAGGUUGAUAAGAAGGCAGCCGAGUUCAUAGCCAAGUUUAGAGAGCAGAUCAGGCUUCAAAGGAUUGAGUCAAUCAAGAGAGCAAGUGGGAAAGUCAGUAAUAGAGCCUCUUAGCAGUAAACCCAAUACUUUGUUCUGCUUCCAAAUAAUUCAAGGAAGAUGGAUUUGUAGUCGGCAUUUCUCUUCUGUUUCUUUUCCUGUUUAUCUUUUCAUUUUCUCACUUGAGUAUCAAAGUGUUUUUGGAUUAAAAAUCUGGUAUAUUGGCAUAUGGAAAUCUGCAUGUCUUACAGCCUGUGAAA